AUUAUGUGCAUUUGGGACUUAAAUUUGCUACAGUAAUUUCUUCCAUCGAGUCUUAUCUAAGGGACAUCUUUUCUUAUUAAUAUGAUUAUCUUCAACCAAGAAAUUUACAAACAUGAACAGAAUCUUGGAAGGAUGACCAAGAUAAUGGUAAUCUUUUUUGCUGUCCAAGUGAAAUCUUCCUCUUUAAUUUUUUUUCCUUUGCCAUCUUUUCAGGUUUCUGUACUGUCGGAUCCUAAAAGUAAAUCAUGUCUUUGCAGUCUCUUCAUCACUGCUUCAUUGAUUUGUGGUGCUUACUUCUUUGGAGUGCUUUCGUCGCAAUGGAGUUCAGGGUUUGGCCAAAAUCUGAAAUGGAAAUAAAUGAUACAAGGCAGAAUACACAAUCUCAUAUAUGCAAGAAUCAAUGCAGGCCUUUAGGUAGUGAGUCGUUGCCUGAAGGAAUUGUUGCCAAAACUUCUAACUUGGGGAUGCGCCCUUUGUGGGGUCCUGUUGCAGAAAGGAGCAAUUCAAAGCGUUCAAUGAACCUCUUGGCCAUUGCAGUUGGAAUAAAGCAAAAGGAAGUAGUGAACCAGAUUGUCAGUAAGUUUUUGAGAGAUGACUUUGUCGUAAUGCUUUUUCAUUAUGAUGGCAUUGUGGAUGAAUGGAGCAAUUUAGAAUGGAGUGACCGGGCCAUACAUGUUUCUGCCAUGAAUCAAACAAAAUGGUGGUUUGCUAAACGUUUUUUACAUCCAGACAUAGUUGCUGAAUAUGAUUACAUUUUUCUGUGGGAUGAGGACCUUGGAGUUGAAAACUUCCACCCAGGAAGGUAA